CCUGCAGUAUAAUUCACUGUAUAAGUGUAAACUUACUGACUGAAGCCUACCUGUGGCUACCUAUUUCAGCACCAGUCUACACCAUGAGAACAUCUUUUUCAUAAUAUCUCAUAUUAUCCUCAUAACAUUGGGCCUUGUCUGUUAUAACCUGGAUACAAUCUGGUUUAUUCAUAACUUGUUCGUACGAGCGUUUACACAAGAAAUGAGGUAUUUAUGAAUCUCUUAAGACUUACUAAUAUAUCUUGUCAAUCUACCUGGACUUACUAAUAAACUCUGAUUGAUCAGCUUCAAGAUCAUAAAUUAUGGCUCAGGAAGUUGUGGAAAUCGGUUAGGUUUUCCAUAAGCGCAAAACUUUAUUAGAGCCAACAUAGAGUGACCGAUAAGUGAUCGGUCUGGUUUGUCUCAAUAUUUCCUAGUGUGCCAUCAUCGGGCUUCCUACCGGUCAGGUGGUGGGAUUUUAGGCAGCAAGUGAACAGUCAGGUCUCGAAGUUGAUGUGUUGGAAGCAGAAAAAAUGGGCAAGUGUAAGGCUCUGAGGGACUUUAAGGUCUACGGACCAAAUUGUGAUGGCUAGACGACUGGGUCGUCCAAAACGGCAGGUCUUGUGGGGUGUUGGCGAUACGCAGUGGUUAAUACCUACUAAAAGUGGUCCAAGGAUGGACCACCGACAGGCUCGUUGAUGCGUGUGGGGAGAGAAGGCUCGCCCGUCUGGUCCGAUCCCACGGAAGAGCUACUGCAGCACCAAUUGCUUAAAUAGUUCAUGCUGGCUCUGAUGGAAAGGAGUCAGGACACACAGUGCGCCGCAGUUUGCUGCGUAUCGGGCUUCGUAGCCGCAGAACGUUCAGACUGCCCAUGCUGACCCCUGUGUACUACCGAAACCACCUCAUGUGCCAUCAUCAGGCUUCCUAUGACACUCGCAUGCCUUCCUGCUUUUCCAACACUGCUUCGGGGAGAGAGUCAGACAUUUUUGGGGCGUCAUCGCCAGGGAUACACAUAAGGGAUGAGAUCGACUGGAGCAAGAAUAGAAUCAGUAUUUUGAGGUAAACAUAGAAACGUGACUAACCGCAACAACCCUAGUCCUUGUCGAUCAUGACACCGGUGAGACGUGAAAUAAAUACAGGUCAGUCUAAAUCGAAAUACAUCACAGGUUCACCAGCUUAUUUUUAAUUGAAUGCUGUGCAUCUCUAAUUUGUUGUGAUCAACUAAGAAUUCUUGUGGGGAAAAGCUAUUGGACUGUACACCUACAAGGUCGUCCAAGUAGGUGGGUGGGCUGAAUAGAGAAGCUGGUUACUGAAAGUACCCUAAAUUCAUCAUGGAAGUCGGCACAGUCGUCCAAGAAGAACUGAACGUCCGUGGAGUUGAAUUUGCCAUUAAAGUGGAACUGCGAGAUCGCUUACUAACGGUAGAGAUUUCAGAUGUCAUGACGGCAGACCAGUGGAGUGGGGAAUUCGAUCCAGCCUACAUCGAAGACCUCACGCGCAAAACUGGAAACUUUAAACAGUUCCCUAUAUUCUGUAGCAUGCUCGAGUCUGCAGUCAGUAAGUCUAGUGAGUCGGUAACGCUUGAUCUGCUGACCUACUCGGACCUGGAGCUUUUGCGGAACAGGAAGGCGGGUGUGGUGGGGAGGCCUCGUGCCCAGCAGCAGUCCCCCGCUCUCAGCGCUAAACGCUACCUCAUCCUCAUCUACACUGUGGAAUUUGAUAGGAUCCACUACCCUUUGCCACUGCCGUAUGUUGGUAAGCCUGAUCCUGCAACCCUCCAGAGAGAGAUCAGGGCUCUAAGGGCUGAACUAAAUGCCAUGAGGAUGAGAGGAGACCGUGCGGUAUCGGACCAAGAGACCCGCCGACUGCGUGCCGAGUUGGUUGUGGUCAGAGAGGAGAAGGACGCGCUGGCCGAAGCUCUGGAGCGACUGCGGGCGGCUGGGACUGGCUCCACUUCAGGGACUCGGGGGCUCAGGGAAGCGGUGCACCGUCUAGAGGAGCAGCUUUUAAGAGAGAGAGCAAAAAGCCAACGCUCCGCAAGCAAGCGGGGUCAAGAACAGCGCCAUCUAAUGGAGCAGUUGGAGGAACUGAGGGCCUCGGAGCGAGCUCUACGAAUACGUGUGAAGAGUCUGACCACAGAGUUAGCCGUGUUGCGUCGGGGGCGGAUUACACCGGUUCUGUCCGGCCUGAGUGGGUCCAGGGGUGAGGCGGAUUUUCCACGGUCGGCCUCGAGGGAACGCGGUUUAUCCAGAGCAGGGUUGAGGGCUCGCUCAGGGUCCAGAGAGAGAGCAGAGGAUCGCAGCAGGAGGUCAGAAGAGAGAGGGAGAAGGUCGGGUUCUUCAGGCGCACGCAACCACUUCUCAAGGCCUUCACCUUCUCCAACAGGAUCUCGAGGGCCACGAUUUGACCCAACAGCUUACGUUCAAGAGCGACAACGACGCCAAAAAGAGACCGAACUCAAGAACCAAAGGAAAGUCAGAAGGGACACGUUGGCAUCGCCGGCUCUGAACGAACGCGGUCGUUCACGGUCCAGAGAGCACGCUCCUCAGCUGAUCAGACGGGGGAGUGCCGGCCGGGGCAGGAGCACAUCUGUGGAGAGCAGGAGGAGUCGUCACUCUUCUGAAAGCUCACUGGCUGAGUUUGAGGAUCUUGCUAAGCCUUUGAAUAGCAAAGGAAGAAAACCGGCGUAUAAUGGUCCAGCUACGAUAAGAGGAAGACACGUGAGCAAAAAGCCAAUGUGUAGCACUCCAACCAAAAGAGGGAGAGAGAGUUCUGUGGAUACCGGAGCAGACCUGUCUGAGAUCGACGCUCGCCUCCAGGCCCUGCAGGAGUACAUGAGAGACCUGGACACGGGACGCUAGUGAUUUGAUCCGUUAGGGUUUUAUUGCACAUUGGUUUUAUUUUAUUUAUCUGGUGGUGACAUUCAUCAGGAUGGACAAGUAUUUCUUUUAUCUCAAGAUGAUGUAUGCGAUUGUGGUUAAACAUCUUUAAACUCUGAAAACAUGAGAUUUUUAUUUUCCCCCAAAUUGACUGUUGCUUGACUUGAAGGACUCGUAGGGUCUGUGCGACUGGUUGUACACGGUGUGUGUGUGUGUGUGUGUGUGUGUGUGUGUGUGUGUGUGAGAGAAUUAGGAUAUUCGUAUGUACUCUUUUAACCAAUUUGUACAUGUUUUAUGACGUUUUUCUACAAAAUUUUUUACUUUUGUCUUUCUUUGCCUAUACCUUUAACCCAUUUUCUCAACUUAUGUCCCUUUGUGGUGGCGACACGUGAUGGGAUUUUGGGUUGAUUUAAUUGAGAUCUGCUCAUUUACAUAUAAAACCUUUCCACGUUUGCCUUUAAACAUUAGCACACGUAUGCAAAGGUGUCAGAAAAGUUUACAAGAUGUUCUCCCUUUAUGCCAGAUAUGACUGAUUAGCCAAAGCAUGCUUGAUGUAUUGAGUUUGCUUUAGGACUACUGGUACUACAAGGCAAAUAUUGCUAACAAGUAAUGGAGUCUUAGAGCUUCCUGUUUAGCGUUCAAAUCACACUCACCUCUAACGACAUUGCUAGGGUCAGUUAUACCAUUUGUACAAAAAAUUUCAUGAAAUCACACAAAAAUACCUCAAUGGAUAUAUAUUCAAUCCACCUUGAACUACGUUAUCACCCGAAUCGCUUCUAGAAUACAGUUUAACCUUUACUAGGGCCAUGUCUCCUACCAGAGUCUGACGCUGUUAUGUAGAGUGCUGAGAGAGAGAAAGUGAUUGUUAGAAGAUUGACUGUUUUCACCUCUGCCAUUUUUUUGUGCAUGUUUAUAGACCUCUGUGUGUCAUCCAGUGUCAGAAAGCACUGAACCCCACUGACCGACUCCAACAAUGCAUGAUGGAUUAGACAAGCGGUAGUUUCAAUACACGAUGCUGAACUGGUAGCUAUGCACUUCCAUUGUUUGUGAACAACAUUAACCUUGAAGCUCCAUUCCAAAACUAUAGUAGCAGAAGUUUUAGACGAGUGAACUUGAUUGAUUGUCGGUUUGAUGAAACCACGAAAUGGGUUUCAUUUUUGGCUGAACUGUUCCUUCAAAGGAGAAAUAUAGUAUGUAGUUCUUAUUAUUUUAUUCUGGGCUGCUAAUUACUCGAUUUCCAUAAUGAUGAAACACUAUAUGGUGACCUGUAUGCUCCACUUAAUACGAUCUGUAUUUCACUAACAAUUAUGUAAUAAGCCAUCGUUUAUUUAUUAAUUCAAAAUGUUUCGAAUUUCAUAUUUCACAAAUCUGUUAUUUAGAGGCUCUCGGGUGUAACGAAUAAAACUCCUAGAAUGAGCACAUUAGUUUCAACCUGUGAUUUAUAGCUGCACAACUGUCAGAAUUGCUGUUCUAGAAAAUUCAUCAACACGUCCUGACCAAUCAGAAGCCAGAAUGGAGGAGCACUCUGUAAAGAGUGACGAUGCAGGAUUGGUAAGUUUAAAGUGCUGAAACUGCAUGAAGGAUUCGGUGAAAGCGUUGCGGUUUGCUGUAGCCAGUCACAGCUGGCCCACAUCUGUUAAUGAGAAGUGCUGUGUGAACGCGGCUCAUCCAUCUGGCGCAACAUCUGCCGUGCCCUUCACCCUCCAACGUACGCGACAUCAUUCUGGAUAAAUCUACGGGUUUAAAUAACAUGCUCGAAAAAAAGGACAGGCUGGAGUGUGAAAAGAUUUUGAUAUUAGAAGCAGGGAUGUUUAGCGAAUGCAGUUACAUUGCCCUUGUCGUUUGUUGCGUUACCAUCUAAAAUACAAUAGGAUUUGAAAGGGUUGAGGUAUAAUAAGAAUACGCAUACUGUGUGUGCUUAUAUCCAUCCAUUUUCUGUACCAUUUAUACUACACAGGUUUGCGGGAAGUCUAUCACAGGGGAUUUGGGGCACAAGGAGGCACAACCUCGGACGGGGUGCCAAGCCAUCGCAGGGCAUUCGCACACACAUUCACACACUACAGACAAUUUAGAGAUGCCAAUCAGCCUACAACGCAUGUCUUUGGACUGGGGGAGAAACCCGGAGUACCGGGAGGAACCCCCCGAAGCACGGGCUUAGUGGUUAGCAUGUUUGCCUCGCACCGCCGUGGCUAGGGGUUUGAUUCCUGCCUCCGCCCCGUGCCCUGCGAUUGGUGGAGUCCAGUGUUCCGUCCGCUUUGUGUUUCCUGGGAUAAGCUCCAGGCUCCCUGCAACCCUGUGUAGGAUAAGUGAAUGGAUGGGACAUGCUCCAACUCUACCUCCCUCCUCCAAAAUACAUUUGCAUAUUACAAUAUUACUGGCUCUCAUAUUUAGUGAUUCAAUAGUACUGGCCGGUCAGUUCUGCCAGUGAGAUUUUCAGCACCACCUGUUUCUUAAAAUACUUAAUUUCCCUGAAGGAAUUUAAGAAAUGAUUUAAUAAUAAAAUAAAUUAUUCAUGUUUAGAGAGACCUGAUUAUAAAUCAAUACUAACUUCGUUAUGGCAAUCGUUGGUGUUGCCAACUCGUUGCUCGGUUUGAUCCUGAACUUGGGUGACUGUCUGUGUGGAGUUUCUGUAAGUGUUCUCCUUGUGUCUGUGUGAGUUUCCACUGGGUUCUCCGGUCUCAUCACCAGGGGUGUAAUCCUGAAGAUUUUUUCUUUAGCACCAAAUAAUUUUCCAUUUGGUGAUGUUUGUCAUUAUGUAUUUAAAUGUCAGUAAAAUAAGAUGGCAGUGUUGUCAUUUUGUAUCUUUAAUUGAAAAAGAAACAGUUUUGGUAUAUCUGCAGUGUCAUUACAUAAUUAUCCUCUGCUUAUCUAUCGUUCUAUAUGGUUACCUAUCAAAUCAUCUAUUUGUCUAAUCUAUCUACCGUCCACAAGCAUUUAUGAUCAAAUGACUGUUUCAUUAAAACAAAUUAAGUCCCCAAUCCCCCCCCACCUCAGCCACUCGUUAUUCCAUCUCUGUUCUUCAAAUGUCUGUGAAUCUUUUUAUGUUAAUACGAAUAUUUACACAUUUUAAGAAAUUUGCUGGAAAUAAAAGUAGUUGCCUGUGA